UCUCAAAUUAUAAACUGCUAAAUCUGUGCUCUUUUUGAGUGUCACAUUUGGAAAAUGUUGUUGGGGAGAGAUUGCGACAAUGUCAAGUUUUUAACACACCGCCUGUUAUUUCUUCCUAAAGCAAAAGCGAGUAAAAGAUUUUCACCACCAAAAGUGUUUCAUGAUCUCUCCAACUCGCGCCAUUAUAGGAUAUCAAUAGGGUCGUUGGCUUUUGCCUUUUGUGGAUGCUUGCAAGUUCAAACCAGUUGUAAAAUAUGUCCGACCGAAGUGUUUAUUACACAUUAAGCUCUCUCUUUCCUACUUUCCUCCACUUGGGAAUUUUUAAAAGAUCAUCCAUCUUACUUCAGAACCAUUUUCUUGCUGCUUCCAGCUAUUAUAUUUCACAGUUUGGAGGAUUAUUCUCUCAAGCUCUUCUGAACUGCAAUGAUGAAGAAAUCUCCAACAUAUUCGAGAUAUGAAACAAGUGCUUACAGCGGCGAUGGAUUUGAUCCCUAUGUGGACUUCUCGCAGUUCUUGGAAGAAGCAAGACACCACGCAGGAGGAGUAGAUUUCCAGAGCUCACCAUUCAAUCCAGAAGAAAGAGGAAAGAAAAGAUUGCCCGAAGAGAAACAGGGCAAGAAAUCAUGGAAAAAUUCUCUUUUAUCAUGGUGGAAGACUGACAGAAAGAGCAACAGGCCUCAAGUGGAACCAACAAGUAGUUCUUACAUUUCUGUUACAAAACGGCGUCUCGUUUCUGGUCCAAUACAUGGCAGUGGCAAGACCAAUGAUGGCAGGCAGUGGCACCGGCGUUCCACAUCUGGGCCUCUCACCGGUCUUUUCAACCCCACAAAGAGAGUGGAGAAUGGGAUAUCUUAUGUGUGUCUUGACCAGCUUGACAGACCUCAUGCCAUUCAGACCUAUGGACCUGUUUACCUCGUAACUUAGUGUAUGGGCACCAACAAACAUCAAGAAGUUUUUUAGUCAAAUCUGAAUCUGGUGCAUCUGCAUUUUCCGCAUUUAAGAGUUUUUUAAUCUGCUGAGAAACUGUGGGAAGUUUGAGGACAGGAAAAACUUUCCGAACAUUUUGCUGAGAAGAAAAUUUUAUUUCUUAAUUUCCAAAUAUCAGAUAUGGCAGGAUCGUUUUCUUUUAAAAAUCAACCAACUUGGAGCUAUAUUAUUUUGUUUUAUCCCUUCAUUCAAGAAACAAGAGAACCUCAGGGCGGUCGUCUGUAAUUCCAUUUCAUGCUUUGUAUCCUGUUUUCUUGGCAUAUGAUGUGAUUUUUCAGAAACUUACAUUGAUCCAUCUUUUGGUGCU